AUGGCGAACCUGACGAACGGCUUUGUGAGCCUCCAUUGCGCAGGGGCGAUGCAUGUGGACAAAGGCCACAUGCAAGCUUCGGGACUGCCUUUUCUCUCUUUCAGAAGAUGCUCCCAGCUUGAUAUCUCCAGACUAGGUAGCGUGCCUCGUUUCAUGGGCGCAAAAUCUGCUACUGUCUCCCUACAUUAUGUGAGACACAGAAUCAGCGCCAUCAGAGCUUCUACUCUUUCCUGCCUGCAAGAUGAUACCACAAAAUUCUUCGAUUUUGUGGUUAUUGGCAGCGGUGUCGCUGGCCUAAGGUAUGCCCUGGAAGUUUCAAAGCACGGCUCUGUUGCUAUUAUCACCAAGGCAGAGCCUUAUGAGAGCAACACAAACUAUGCACAAGGUGGUGUUAGCGCUGUUCUAUGCCCCUCGGAUUCUGUAGAAAGUCACAUGGAAGACACAAUUGUUGCAGGGGCUUAUCUGUGUGACGAAGAGACCGUCAGGGUAGUUUGCACAGAAGGUCCAGAGCGUGUCAAGGAACUAAUUGCCAUGGGUGCCUCAUUCGACCAUGGUGAAGACGGUAGGCUGCAUCUUGCAAGGGAAGGUGGACAUUCUCACAACAGAAUUGUCCAUUCUGCUGAUAUGACUGGAAGAGAGAUUGAAAGAGCACUACUUCAAGCAGUUGACAAUGAUGAUAACAUAUCUUUGUUUGGUCAUCACUUUGCCAUUGAUCUGUUGACAUGCCAGAAAAAUGGUGAAAUCUAUUGCUAUGGAGUGGAUUCGAUAGACAUUGAAACUCAGAAGGUAGUCCGUUUCAUCUCGAAAGUGACAUUGCUUGCAUCAGGAGGAGUUGGCCAUAUAUAUCCCACAACCACCAAUCCACUGGUAGCUACUGGGGAUGGAAUUGCGAUGUCUCAUCGUGCUCAGGCUGUAAUAUCCAAUAUGGAGUUUGUGCAGUUCCAUCCAACCGCACUUUCAGAUGAGGGCCUGCCAAUCAAGCCAAAGACAAGAAGAGAGAAUGCAUUCCUCAUAACGGAAGCGGUCAGAGGAGACGGAGGAAUUCUUUACAAUCAGUCCAUGGAGAGAUUCAUGCCGAUGUACGAUGAUCGCGCCGAGUUGGCGCCAAGAGACGUGGUUGCGAGGAGCAUAGAUGACCAGCUGAAGAAACGACGCGAGAACUACGUCCUCCUGGACAUCAGCCACAAACCAAGAGAGAAGGUUCUUGCUCAUUUCCCAAACAUCGCCGCCGAGUGCCUGCGGUACGGCCUGGACAUCACCCGGCAGCCCAUCCCGGUGGUCCCGGCGGCGCACUACAUGUGCGGCGGCGUCCGGGCCGGGCUCCAGGGGGAGACCAACGUGAAGGGCCUGUACGUCGCCGGCGAGGUCGCGUGCACGGGGCUGCACGGCGCGAACCGGCUGGCGAGCAACUCGCUGCUGGAGGCGCUGGUGUUUGCCAGGAGGGCGGUGCAGCCGUCCAUCGACCACAUGUUGGACGCCGACGGCGACGCUUCCCUGGCGGCGAGGUGGGCGCGGCCGACGCUGCCGUGGUCGUCGCUGGGUGAUGGCGCGCUGGCGGACAUCGUGGAGCGGACGAGGCAGUCCAGGACGGAGCUGCAGUCGGUGAUGUGGGAGUACGUCGGCAUCGUGCGGUCGACGGGGCGGCUGAAGCAGGCCGAGUGGAAGAUCGGUGACCUGGAGUCGGAGUGGGAGGAGUUUUUGUUCCGGCGGGGGUGGAAGCCGACCAUGGUGGGCAUCGAGGCCUGCGAGAUGCGCAACCUCUUCUGCUGCGCCAAGCUCGUCGUCAAGAGCGCGCUGGCCAGGCGCGAGAGCCGCGGCCUGCACUUCACCGAGGACUUCCCCUACCUAGAGGAGAGCAGGAGGAAGCCCACGGUCAUCUUCCCGGCCGCCGUGCAGGAGCUCACAUGGAGCUCCAAGCCGUUGCAGAGGCAACUGCAGUGCAAGUAG